AUGGCUGCGGCCAUUGCCGGUCCUACAGAAGUUGCUUCAAAAUGUCAUCAGAAAACUACCCUUCUCACCUACUCGCAUCUGUAUUGGGCCCUGUAUGCUCUUCUUGUUUCUAUACGCUUCUCCUCUGUUGUAUUUCUCAACCCCGGAUACAUCCAUCCGGAUGAGUUUUUCCAGUCCGUCGAGUUGGCUGUGGACGAUUUGUACACAAACUCUUGCAGUCUUCGCACAUGGGAAUUCGAAGCCAGGGGACACGGACCUGUGCGAUCGCGUUCCAGUAUUUGGCCGUUUGUCCAUUUGCCAAUCCAAAUCGUAGACAGCCUGUUUCCUCCCCAGGCACCAACUCCCCUUUCCGGUGAUAAUGUAGUUAAACGAGUGCUUCUACCUCCUCGCCUCGUGUCUGCCUUACUCUCUUUCAUACUCGACGCGUUCGUGUUUCAUCUCAGCUCCAAACUACGAUGUAAACGGAACCAGUUGCCCAUCAGUCUCCUAAUCUACUCUUCAAUGGCCUAUGGUGGCCUCGUAUUGAACACUCGAACUCUGAGCAACGUGUGGGAGACUAUCGCAGUGUGUGUCUUUUGCUACCUUUCUCUGCAAACAGGAGUCUUUUUUAUCGUCCUUCAGGCCGCACUUGCUACCUGGGCUAUCUUCUUGCGACCUACAUUCCCCAUUUUUGUACUACCCUUUGCUAUAAGGCAGCUUUUAAAAAUACCUCGAACAUUCCGUGGUCUCAUUGUCGUCCUAACUGGAUUCCUAACCGUCUUAAUGACAGGCACCUUGUUGGCAUAUCUCGACACACUGUACUACACGGGGAAAGUGCCCUUAUCGUUAUCGGAUCUGAUACUCACGCCUCGUCUCUUUCUGAGCUACAAUUCUGCCGAUGCAACACUUGGAGAACACGGUCUUCAUCCGUGGUAUCACUACGUCCUUUUGCAUUGGCCCCUUAUUCUGACACCCGUGCUUGCGGUGGCUGCGUUUCUCCCACCGAAUAGUAAAUUCACUGCCAAAAAUUCCCUCAUUCACACAACGUGGAUUAGCGUUGUCCUCCCGACAGUAACCCUCUCACUUAUUGGCCACAAGGAAACCCGCUUUCUGUUGCCCAGCGUCCCUUUCGCCGUUGUAUUAGCCGCACCCCGAGUGAAGCAUAUCAAAUGCCUGGUGGUGCUUUGGGUCGCAUAUCAGGCGGUUUUGUGGGGAUUGUGGGGGUUUGUGCAUCAGGGUGGUUUGCUGCCUUUUAUGCGUUCUCUUCCACCCUCGGAUGCGUGGGAUGUCGACUUGAACAUCUUCUACAAGACCUACAUGCCACCGCGCUUCCCCUUUGGCGCUCCCCGGUCACCGGAAAGCCACGUGCCACUGGUGUGUCAGAAAAUCGCACCAUUCGAUGCACAGUGCACACGAGUAGUGGAUUUCGCUGGCCGCCCUGCCUCGGAAUUGAUCGACUUUCUCGACUGUAUGAAAGUACAUUUGGCGGUCAGAACGGUUAUUCGAUUGAUCCUCCCCGGAACUGUGCUGCCACUCCAAAGGCCAAUACGUGACUUUGGACGUGCUGUUGAGGUGGAGAGAUUUUUCCCACACCUGUCAACUGAAAACCUGCCCAAAUUGUGUCUUCCACAGUGCCGGAUCGAUUGGGACCUCCUGUCGUGCCUUAAUGUCUACUGGCAAGAACUACAGGACCAGCUCUCGCUUCACGUUUACAAAAUUACGCUAUUUUGA